AUGUUGUUGGCUGGAAAAGUUGCUGUUGUUACUGGUGGAGGAUCUGGAAUUGGUCGAGCGAUUUGUAAAAGAUUGGCUGAUAAUGGAGCUAGUAUUGUUGUUGCUGAUGUUAAACAUGCCGCAGCUUUGGAUACUGUCAAACUUUUGGGUAAGUUUUUUUUUGGGAAGGAUCUGACAAAAAACGUCGAUUUUUUCAGGUCCAUCGCAAGCUCAUAUUCCAGCCGAAUGCGAUGUUUCCAGUGUGAGUUUUUUUUAGAUAAAAAAAGAAUAAGAAGCUCUUGAAAAAAUGUAUUUUACAUAUGAGGUUUUUUGAAAAGAAUGAAAAGAAUUUCAGACUUCCAUGAAAUUCUGAAACACUUUUCAAUCCACUUUUUUAACAGAGCCAAAGUCUUCAAAAAGUUUUAAAUCAAAUAAUUUUUCAAAAAUCAAAAUUUUCAGCCAGAAGCAGUCAACAAAUUGAAGGAACUUGUUGGAAAGAAUGGAAACCCAGUUUCAGUUUUGGUAAAUUGUGCAGGAAUUACACAAGAUUCGACUUUGUUGAAAAUGCCAAAAGCUAAAUGGGACAGUGUUGUUGGAGUUAACCUAACUGGAGUUUUCUUGGUAAGGGUUUGGAGAACAUAUUUAUGAUAAAUCUUAUUAAUACCCUAUUUUUAAGGUAUCCCAAGCGUUUGCCAAAUAUUCAGUUGAAACUCAAAGCCCACUUUCAAUCAUUAAUGUUUCAUCGAUUGUUGGAAAAACUGGAAAUUUUGGACAAACCAACUAUGCUGCAACUAAAGCUGGAGUUAUUGGAUUCACUAAAUCUGCUGCCAAAGAAUUAGCCAAGAAGGUGAAUACUAGAUUAAAGUUACCACUGUGAAGUCAGCUAUAUGGGUGGCAUAAAAACAAUUUCCGAUAAGUUUUUGUUGCUUCCUAUAUAGCGCACUUCAUACAGCUGCUCAAGAAUAUUGUGAACUUUUUUUGUUCUCCUUUUUUCAUCUGUUCUGGCAGCUGAUUUUUUCUUCGGAAAAAUCAGACACCAAAAACUUUGAAAUCGGAAAUAAAAGUGCAAAAUUUUGCAGAAUGUCCGAGUAAAUGCAGUUCUCCCUGGAUUUAUCAAAACUCCAAUGACUGAAGCGAUGCCACCACAAGUUUUGGCUGAAAUUUGCUCUGGAAUUCCGAUGGGUCGAAUGGGAGAAGAUGAUGAGAUUGCAAAAUCGGUUUUGUUUUUGGCAUCCGAUUUGUCAUCUUAUGUGACUGGUGCUGCUUUAGAAGUUACGGGUGGAUACAAUAUGUAA